CAACUUCCGAAGCGACAGCAACUGUUGGUGGCAACUUUUAGCUUUAACUUGAGAGUGGGAACAUGGACAGAAUAAAUGUGCCCCCCGCGGGCCCCAUGGACCUGCCGCUGUCCCUGCUGGAGAUGGGAUGCUCCGGCCGGUUUGAGCUCAUCACACACCCUGUACCUGACCAGCCUUUAGCUCCACAGAGCACGCUCCCUCAUGGGCUUCCUCCCACCUGCCUGAGCCUGGAGACAGAAGUAGAGAAACAGUUUUUACGGGACGCUGCCUGGCUUCCUAUUCAUGACACUGACUUUGCCUUCCAGAAGUUUCUCAAGGUGACCCAGAGAGAAGUGAAUGUCAACUCUCUGAUCCACUGCUCUCCGUCUGCUCUUCACUCGGGUGUCUCUGUCGUCAGAGAUCCAACCACAGGGAUGCUGCUGGACUUCACAGAGGUCUUACUGGAGAACACUAGCCUGUCAGCAAAGAACUCACUUUCAUUCCAACGCCAACCUGGUCCUCCUGCAGAGAGCCUGCGAGGAAGCAACACUAAUUACCCCUUCCUCCCCGGAGGAAUGGAGGAGCUUACUCUGGAGCAAAUCAAGAAGAAAUCUGAACUGGAGGAGGAAAUAGACUUUGAGAAUGAUUUACUCAGAGUUCCACCUGGACUUAAAGCAGGGAUGGAUUUCACUGACAAAGAAGCCAAGAUUGCAAAGGCAGAGGUCAACCUCAUGUCCCUGCUGUCCACAUUGGAUAUAACUGACCUGCAGCCUGAGGCAGAGGAGAAAGAGGAAAGCAAAGGAAGUGAGGAAGCUCCAAAACUUCCCAGAACAAACAGCCUGGAAGACCUGGGAGUUAAGGAUGUUGUGUCAUCCUCGGCUCCCUCAGAGAAAGGGAACAAUGACAAAUCAAAGCCAAAAGAGAACCCAGAGGAAAAUAAGAAAUGGGCCAUCCCUGUCAACAUAAGUGCACCCUGCGAUGAUUUCUAUAAACGCAUCCCCAACCCAGCUUUCAAGUGGCCGUUUGAGCUGGACGUCUUCCAGAAACAAGCUGUUCUGCUGCUGGAGGCUCACGACUCCGUGUUUGUAGCUGCACACACGUCAGCUGGCAAAACAGUGGUGGCCGAGUACGCCAUCGCUCUCUCACAGAAACACAUGACAAGGACCAUCUACACCUCUCCAAUCAAAGCCUUGUCCAAUCAGAAGUUCAGAGACUUUAAGCAAACGUUCGGAGAUGUUGGACUGCUGACGGGCGACGUCCAGCUCAGUCCUGAAUCUUCAUGUCUCAUCAUGACUACUGAGAUCCUCCGGUCCAUGCUUUACAACGGCUCAGAGGUCAUCAGAGACUUGGAGUGGGUGAUCUUUGACGAGGUUCACUACAUCAACGAUGCCGAGAGAGGGGUUGUGUGGGAGGAGGUUUUGAUUAUGCUUCCUGAUCACGUCAGCAUCAUCCUCCUCAGCGCCACAGUGCCCAACGCUCUGGAGUUCAGCGAGUGGAUCGGACGUAUCAAAAAGAAGCAUAUUUAUGUGAUCAGCACAAUGAAGAGACCUGUGCCUUUGGAGCAUUAUCUGUACACUGGAAACAGCACCAAGACUCAGAAAGAGAUGUUCCUCCUGGUGGAUCCUACCGGAAACUUCCUCACUAAAGGGUAUUACGCAGCUAUCGAUGCCAAGAAGGAGCGCACCAGCAAACAUGCCCAAUCUUUUGGUACAAAAGGUACUUCCCACAACACUUCAUCUAGUCAGGACCGCUCGGUGUGGCUCACUCUCCUGCACUUCCUGUCCCAGCGGCAGCAGACGCCGGUGGUUGCGUUCACCUUCUCUCGUACAAGGUGUGAUGACAACGCCCGCUCGCUGGACUCCAUGGACAUGACCACCUCCAUAGAGAAGGCCGAGAUCCACUCCUUCUUCCAGAAGAGUGUGAGUCGCCUGCGAGGAGCAGACCGGCAGCUGCCUCAGAUCUUGCUCAUGAGAGAUCUGUUGAAGAGGGGGGUAGCAGUCCAUCACAGCGGGAUCCCGAUACUGAAGGAGGUCAUUGAGAUGCUCUUCUCACGAGGUCUUGUAAAGGUGCUGUUUGCCACCGAGACGUUUGCCAUGGGAGUGAACAUGCCUGCCAGGACUGUGGUGUUCGACAGCAUCAGGAAACACGAUGGGACCGGCUUCAGAAAUCUGCUCCCAGGCGAGUAUAUCCAGAUGGCGGGGAGAGCAGGACGGAGAGGUCUGGACGCCACGGGCACCGUCAUCAUCCUGUGCAAGGCUGGUGUUCAUGAGAUGGGAGACCUGCAUGUCAUGAUGCUGGGUAAACCCACCACCUCCAGUCCCAGUUCAGACUGACCCUACACGAUGAUUCUCAACCUGCUGCGAGUCGAAGCCCUCCGUGUGACCGACAUGAUGAGGAGGAGCUUUUCUGAAAACCACAGGGACAUCAGGUAACACGCCAGUGAGAGUAGGAUAAGCCAGAUGAAGAAGACGCUGUCCUCUCUGCCUCCUCUGGACAAUGAAGGCCAGCUGUCCGACAUGCUGCCUUACUACCACACCGUUACAGAGCUACACACCACUGAGGCCUUGCAGCGCGCUAUUCUGGAGUCUGUCAACGGGAUGAAAGCUCUGUCUGUGGGUCGAGUUGUGGUGGUGAACAAAAGCAGAAAUAAAAGCUAUGGGAGUUAUAAUAAAGGGGUGUGUGUGUGUGUGUCGAAUGACUCUGUGAAUCGCACCUUCACAGCUCUUGCCAUCUGUGAGAAGGGCAAUGAGGAAGAGGAAGGAAUAGGAAACAACAACUCUUUCCCUCACCUCUACAACACAGCUCUCUUCAUACCUGAAGGCCCUUGCAGUCACACAGUGCAGAAGUUAAAGCUUCAGGACAUCUCAGCCAUCACAGUGAAAACCCUCAAGGUGAUUCCUGACCGGAUUAUCGACAACUACAGCAAGAGGCAACAGCCACGAUUCAGGCUGGAUCCUCCUGGCCAAGCCAUUUCCACGACUACCCAGGAGCUCCUGCGAUUGGCCGAGGCCAACCCUAGCGGCAUGGUAGCCCUCGAACCCGUGAACGACCUCAAGUUGAAGAGCGUGGAUGUGGUGGAGGACACAAUGAGGCUCCGUGUGCUGACGAGAUAGAAUCAGAGAGUUAAAAUGAAUAAAUAGAAAAAGUUUGAAGAGAAGUUUGCUCGGGUUCAGGACAGGAUGGGUGUGCAGGAGGAGCUGGACAGGUUGCUGUUCCUGGUGUCGGACCAGUCUCUGUCUCUGCUACCUGAAUACCACCAGAGGAUCAAGGUGCUGCAGUCCCUCCAGUACGUGGACAGCAGCGGGGCGGUGCAGCUGAAGGGCCGCGUGGCCUGUCAGAUCAGCAGCCACGAGCUGCUGCUGACCGAGCUGCUGUUCGAGAACGUCCUGAGCCCGCUGGCCCCCGAGGAGAGCGCCGCCCUGCUGUCCUGUUUGGUAUUCACGCAGAAAACACAGGUGGAGCCGCACAUUACCAACACACUGCAGGAGGGUAUCGAUCGGGUGCUUUCAGUGGCCAAGCGUAUUGGAGAGCUGCAGAGGGAGUGUGAGAUACCGCAGACAGCUGAGGAGUUUGUUGGCCAGUUCAAGUUUGGCCUGACAGAGGUGGUGUACUGCUGGGCCAGAGGCAUGCCGUUCGCAGAGAUCGCCCAGCUGACCGACGUGCAGGAGGGCACGGUGGUCCGGUGCAUCCAGCGCCUGGACGAGGUGCUGAAGGAGGUGCGCCAGGCUGCCCGCAUCGUGGGAGACUCCGCUGGGAGCAAGAUGGAGAAGAAAGCCUCCCUGGCCAUCCGCAGGGACAUCGUCUUCACCGCCUCCCUCUACACCCACUGAGGAGAAGUGUAUUUUGUCUGAAAGGUGUUAGAGGGAUGGAGAAACAUGUGGGGGAGGUGAAGUGGUGGUUUAUGUUAACAAGAAGUGCUGUAUGUGCCUACAAAACACGUCAAUGUUUACAUGAAAAUUCCUGACAUAAAAAAGGGAAUGAUUUUAACCACCAGACCAAGGUAGAGACUGUGGGAAUUAAAUCUUGAUUAUAAUUUAUUGUACAGUAAUAAAACAAAUCUGUAUUAAAACACACAUGGAUUGUGCCCA